AUGGAGGUGAGGGUGAUUAAACAAAUAGGUGAAUGGGGUGGAGAGAAAGAAGAGAGACAUGUAUUUCGGGGGUUUCUUCGUACCCCAAUCGUCUCUCUUAGCGUCCCUCCCCCUUCGAGGCCUCCUUGUAUUAGCUUCUUCCCUGUAAAUCUCACCUCCAUUCGCUUUUCUCACUACCCAAUGGCGAACAAAAGACAGAAACAAGCUAGGAAGCGAUAUAAAGAAGCACACCCAGAACUGUUCCCAAAGCCAGAGCCAACACCACCCAAAGAUCCAAAUAAGAAGAAAAAGAAAACCAAAUUCAAGCGGAAAAGAGCUGAUUCCAAGGAGCCCCAUGAUCGAAACAACCACAAAAAAUCAACUUUUAGAAAACAUCCACUUAGAGUCCCUGGUAUGAAGCCUGGUGAGAGCUGUUUUAUAUGUAAAGCUCAAGACCAUAUUGCCAAACAUUGCCCUGAAAAAGCUCAAUGGGAAAAGAACAAGAUAUGUUUGUUUUGCCGGCAUCGUGGCCAUAGUCUCAAAAAUUGCCCAAAAAAUAGUGAAGAGAUUAUGGAUACGAAAUUCUGUUAUAAUUGUGGGGCAACUGGGCAUUCUCUGGCUAUAUGUCCGCAACCUCUUGAAGAUGGGGGAACAAAAUUUGCAAAUUGCUUUAUUUGUAAUGAGCGUGGCCACUUGAGUAAGAAUUGCCCCCAGAAUACUCGUGGGAUCUAUCCGAAGGGUGGUUGUUGCAAAAUUUGUGGUGGUGUGACACAUUUGGCCAAAGAUUGUCCUAAUAAAAACAGCAAAGGACCUAACGCAUUUAGUGAAGUUGGUAAAACAUCAACUGAAUUCGAAGAAAGGCCAAGAGGAAAAGUCACCAAGUUCUUCAGCGGUGACGAUCUUGAGGAUGACUUUACGACAGAGGACACAAACAGUGAUAAAAAAGCUAAGUCCGACGAGUCUAAAGGUGGCGCUGUGUCUGAUUUGAAAGGCAGUUCUCUGAAAUUAAAGAAGAAACAGGGUGACAAAGUUGUGAACUUUUUGGGUUGAUAACUUAAGAUCUUUGGAUGGCAUACAUUAGAGUUGUUUCUGAUUUGCCAUAAGCCGUGGUUGCAAUGUUUUAGAAUAAUUUUAUGUUGUAUUGUUUUUUUUAUCUUUCUUUUUGUGAAGACACUAGACGUUUUUUUAUCUUACAAUUUUGUUUCUGUUUUCAUUUUUGGAGAUUAUGUUCUUUUAGGCAGGAAAAAUAGGAAAAAAAGUUAACGACGUCUGACUUUGAAAAUGCUAUUAAUUGGUUGUCCAAAAGUGGGGCCAUGUUUGUAACAUUGUUGCGAGGGUGUCAAUUCGUAUUGUAUCAUAUGCGUGUUGUUCUUAUUUGUGU